GGGCUGGAUCUGGCUACCAUUGUUACGCAUGUGCCGGCGCGCCUGCUUUCUUCCACGGUUCUGUUGCUAUAGGAGCUCCUGGCUAACAAUCUCGUUUUCGCCUGAAUCCUCCUGGUUGCGUGGCUCCGGUUGUUCCCGCUGCCGGCGCCGGGAAACAGCCUUGGCUCUCCAAGCCGCAGCCCGCGUGGGGUCUUUGGAAGAAGUCAUGCGCUACGGCGAGUCGUCCUGCUCUCCCGGAGCAUCGGCAAGGUUGCAGGAUCCUUUUUUAAGGGGAGAGUUUUCCUUGGGAUAUUGAAAAUGUCUUUGGCCGACAAGAGGCUUGAAAACCUCCAGAUAUACAAAGUCCUUCAGUGUGUUCGCCAGAAGGACAAGAAACAGAUUGAAAAGCUCACCAAGCUUGGAUACCCUGAACUCAUCAAUUUCACUGAGCCAGAAAAUGGAGACAGCGCCCUUCACUUGGCUUGUGUGGCCAACGACAUUGACAUGUGCAACUUUCUUUUAGAGCUUGGCGCUCACCCCGAUGUCCAAGAUCGAAUGGGGCGCACCCCCGUGAUGAAAGCGGCAGAACUUGGCCAUGACUUGGCCUUGGAUGUGCUAGUCCAGGCAGAAGCAGAUAUGACAAUAGUGGAUGCAGAAGGAAAAGGAGUGCUGUUUUAUUGCAUUCUGCCCACCAAACGGCAUUUCCGCUGUGUUCAGAUGGUCCUUGAAUUUGGAGCGGAUGUUAACAACUGCACUUUUGAGGGGAAGCCAGUUUUUGUACAAGCCUGUGAGCAAGCCCACGAGAUCAAAGAUAUAUGUAUGACAUUUCUGGAAAGAGGAGCAGAUCCCAAUGCAACAAACCCAGCAACAGGCCGCACUGCCUUGAUGGAAGCAGCAAGAGAAGGGGUUUUAGAGGUGGUCCGGGGUAUCCUGGAGAGAGGUGGGAAUGUUAAUGUUUUUGACAACGAGCGACACCAUGCUGCCCAUUUUGCUGCCAAAGGAGGGUUUUUUGAGGUUGUGAUCCUACCUGGAGAAACUUAGAGAAGAAGCUACCAAGGCAGGUUGCUAAGGAAGGGGGGUUCAAAGCAGCUGCAAAGGAGAUACGUAAAAUUGAGCGGCGAUUUGCCAAAUUUUCCAAACCUAAACCUGGAGUUAAGGACCCCAAUCCACCCUGGGCUAUCAGGCUGCACGAUUGGUCUGGAGAAAACCAGGCGAGCCUUCGGGAAGCACUUGAGCCAUUGGAUCGAGGGGAUGGGACUGUGAGCAAGGAAGACUUUAUAGCCGUUAUUGAGGAAAGGUAUCCAUUUAUUGAGUUGGAGCAGCUACAAGCAAUAGCUCACAGUCACGAGAAAACACGUGCUGCAGGCGUUAACAUUGAAGAAUUUCUGAAGGGCAGCCGGUACUUGCAGAAGGCUUUCCUCCUUGGGAGUUACGGUCCAAAGAAGAAGAAGCCCAAGAAAGCAAAAGGCAAAAAAGGAAAAUUUGCCAUGCCAAUGCCCAUCUGUGUCAUUCCAGAGAGCUCUCGCUCUCGGCGGACAGACGGGGGACCCCCAGAAUACAUGAUCGAAACGUAUCAAAAUGUAACCGACUGCACUCGGUUUAAUCGGGAUCAUCCUCCAGAACACCCAUUGCAGGAUGAUUCCUGGUGGUACAUUGAAGACCCACCCAAGAACUAUGCCAACAUCAAUUAUCUUGCCAAAGAGGGGGACCUUUCAUCUAUAAAGAAAGCAUUCGAGGCAGGGGUGCCAGUAGACAUCAGAGAUCAUUUCUAUAAGACUCCGUUGAUGGCUGCCUGUGCAAGUGGCAACAUGGAAGCAGUACAAUUCCUUCUUGAAAAGGGGGCAAGUGUGAAUACCACAGACAAUUUCAUGUGGACUCCUCUCCAUCAUGCCUGCCAUGCAGGACAGCAAGACAUUGCUGAACUCCUUGUCAAAGCUGGUGCCACGAUAGAUGCCGUUUCAAUCAAUGAUGGGACCCCAUUGAUGAGGGGUAUUGAGAGCAGUCGCUUGGACACCGUGCAGUAUUUAAUCAACAGUGGUGCUAAGGCGCAGAAGACAAACCGAAGAGGACAAAACUCACUGGAAAUUGCCAGGGCCUAUGCAGACAACCGACUGAUCCACUUCAUUCAAGAUACCUUGGACCACUUGCCACAAACCGUAGAAGUCAAACCGGAUAAGAAGAAAGGAAAAAAAGGGGGCAAGCCUAAAGCUGCUUCUCCUACUACUCCAGCUCCAUCAGGAGUUCCAGCUCAGGCUCCAGUUGUUCCCAAGCCAAAGCCUGUAGAAGACUCAAAGGAGUCUGUGAAAGAAGAGAUACCACAACCCCUUGAGUCUAUUAUUGAGAAAUCACUCUUUGAAGAAGAGAAGGAAUCCAUCAAAGAUAAUGUAGUUUAUCUGAAUUCCCUGAUAACCAGAGGGGUUACAAAGAAACUUAAUAUCACUUUCACACCACAGAUACCACAACCCCUUGAGUCUAUUAUUGAGAAAUCACUCUUUGAAGAAGAGAAGGAAUCCAUCAAAGAUAAUGUAGUUUAUCUGAAUUCCCUGAUAACCAGAGGGGUUACAAAGAAACUUAAUAUCACUUUCACACCACAGAGAUCUUGGAGUCCUGAAGCAACCACAAAAGAUCUUCUCAGAAAGAGGGAAUUACGUCGGCAGCGUUUUACUUAUGAAGUGGACUUUGAUGAUGAUUUCAUGAUGCCUUUUAAGAAGAAUUUCAUGGAGAAAGUCCAUGCACUGCAACAAGGCAGUGCUUUGCAUUAAUCACAAUGUGAUUUCUGCAUGGAUCUUUAAAAAGUGAAUGGGAGAGGACCUCCCUCUCAAGAAAAAUGCUUUGGAGAGGCCUAAAUCAUGUGUUUUUUUCUAAUUAUGAUGAAUGUUUUAUUUUAUUUUCCUUGGGUUCAGCACAGGGCAUCUUAAACCAGAGGAGUUUUUGUGUCUAAAAAUUGGGAAACAAUCCAUCUUUUCCUGUAAUGUUACACUGAAUCCUAUUGGGCUGAGCUGAUAUAUUAGCCCCAAUAAACAACUAAUUGCUCUCUCCUG